CAUCUCCCUCAUUUCUCAAUCUUCUUCUUCUUCUUUUCCAGUCACUGCUAAUGUGACAGACCCCACUUGAGAUCCACCACAAUGCCGCCACCAGCCACACUCUCAGCUUCCUCCUCCUUCACCCUCCUCUCCCCACCUCCAAAGCUCUCUUCCUUCCUCCCCAAUCCCCACUCCUUCCACUCCUCCACGCGCUACACGCCCUUCACGCGCCUCCGCCACUCCCCCUCUUUCACUCCCCGAUGCGCCGUCAUCGAGAAGGAGACGCCGGAGACGGAAAAGCCCGAGACUUUCCUCCGCGAGUCGUCGUCGCCGACCUCCGUCCGCGCGCGGUUCGAGAAGAUGAUACGGGAGGCGCAGGACACUGUGUGUGAGGCCAUCGCCGCCGCGGACGGCGUCGGCACGUUUAAGGAGGACGUGUGGUCGAGGCCCGGCGGCGGCGGCGGGAUUAGUAGAGUCUUGCAAGACGGCGCCGUUUGGGAGAAGGCUGGGGUUAAUGUGUCUGUUGUGUAUGGGGUUAUGCCUCCUGAGGCUUAUAGAGCUGCCAAGGGCGCCGCCGCUGAUCAAAAACCCGGGCCGGUUCCGUUCUUCGCCGCCGGAAUUAGCUCGGUUAUGCAUCCAAAGAACCCAUUUGCGCCUACAUUGCACUUCAAUUAUCGGUAUUUCGAGACCGAUGCUCCCCAAGAUGCUCCUGGAGCACCUAGGCAAUGGUGGUUUGGAGGUGGAACUGACUUGACGCCUGCUUAUAUUUUUGAUGAGGAUGUUAAACAUUUUCAUUCAGUUCAGAAAAGUGCGUGUGACAAAUUUGAUCCGUCCUUCUAUCCUCGGUUCAAGAAAUGGUGUGAUGAUUAUUUCUAUAUCAAGCAUCGUGAUGAGAGACGAGGGCUUGGGGGAAUAUUUUUUGAUGAUCUAAAUGACUAUGAUCAGGAGAUGCUUCUUUCUUUUGCCACUGAAUGUGCCAACUCUGUGGUCCCUGCCUACGUACCAAUUAUAGAGAAAAGGAAGGAUACACCAUUUACGGACGACCAUAAGGCAUGGCAGCAAUUGCGGAGAGGACGUUAUGUUGAGUUCAAUUUGGUUUACGAUCGUGGAACAACUUUUGGCCUAAAGACAGGAGGUCGAAUCGAGAGUAUUCUUGUCUCUCUUCCACUGACUGCUCGGUGGGAAUAUGACCAUAAACCAGAAGAGGGAAGCGAAGAAUGGAAACUACUAGAUGCUUGCAUCCACCCAAAGGAAUGGGUUUAAUGUUAUGAAGUAUAUUAUGUAUCAUUUUAAGAUUUUUACUUCUUUUAUCUCCUUCCAAUCCCCCCUCCCUCCCUCUUUUUUGUUUCUUUAAUAGUUGAGGGUUAGAAAUUCAUCAAAAGUAGUGUAUCAUGUACAAGCUGAUGUAAGUUUUGAAUAAUGUUAGAAAUGACAAUUUU